AUGUUUAAAAAUAAAGAAGAUAGAUCUAAGAUUACAAAAAUAUAAUAAAAUGGCGAUGAAAAGUAAAACAGAUAAGAAGAAUUAGCUGAAAUAUCUGAAAGUCAUGACUCAAAUUUUAUAGAUAAUUUACACCAAAAUAAUUAAUAGCUUGCAAGAUAAGCAAAGGCUAACAAUACUACUGGAAUAUUAAAGGAAGAUUUCAUGGGUUCCUACUACAAUAAUUAGCAAUAGAACGAAAAAAGCUUUAAUUUAAAGAGUCAAAAUCCAUAAGAAACACAAAGUCAUAAGGUCAAUUUUAAUAUAAAUGAAGAUAAAAGCUAAAUGAAGACUAUGUCAAAAUUUAAUGAUAACAAAAAAAACCUUAUUGAUAUGAUAAACUUAGAAGUUUUGCAACAGAGCAGCUAACAAAUACAAUAUAAAUUUCAAGCUCCUUAUUAGCUAGCUCUUAUUUAUAUUACUUGGAUAUUCUUUGGCUUAUGUUUUAUUUUACGAGAAAAGUAUGGCGAAAGCUCAAGUAGUGAUGAUUUAAAGCUUUAUAUUAUAAGUGGAUUGCUUAUGACUAUGGGAUUAGUUGGUUUAACUUUAUGGAAAUUUGUUAUUAUAAAAAAGAAAGUUAGAUUAGAGGAGAUUUCUAGCUUUUACAGAUGGGUUAUGAUGUUUUUUUUUCUUUUAAGUCAAGUUUUAGUCAUAGAAGCUUUUGCAUUAAAGAAAAGUAUUUCAGAUUCUUGGGUAAUUACUGUGACAAUAGUUUAAAUGAGUUAUAUAUAGAGCAUAAGUCGAGUUAAUUUAUUCAAUCUUAUCUACAUAGGUGUCUCAACUGUUUAUUUAAUCGUUAGAUUUUAGUUUAUAGUGGAAUGGGAAUGGUAAUCACUUUGCCAGAGUAUUUUAAUUUGCACAAUUAUUGUUGUUCAUCAAGAAAAACUUUAAGUGGAGAGCUACAAGUAAACUAAAAAAAUGUUAUCCACAAAUAAGAAGGCACACCGACUCAAUAACUUUUAUUAUAAUAUACUUGGUAUGAUUCCUGAAGGUGUAGCUAUAUUUGACAAGAAUUAAUCUACGAUCUUUUGUAAUAAAACAAUAAAGGAUAUUUUUAAAUGUAAAAAAGACUAACUAAACUCUAUAAUCUUAGGAUUAUCUACAAACUAAUAACACAAUCCUUCGCCACAACCAUCUCCAAACAAUAACAACAACUAAUUUAAUGGAUCAAAUCACAACUUAAUAAAUAUGUCAUAAUAAUAUUUUAAAAGCGCAACAAUUAAUUAACAAAAAGAAUAGUAAUAAUCUUCAUAACAGUUUUUAAAUUAGUAAUAAAGUUUAAAGCCUCUAACCAAUAAUAACAACAACAACAACAACAACAACAACAAUAUAAAUUUAGCACAUCCAACAAAUUAAAAUAAUAGCAACAUGGUUAGCAAUAUUUAAAAUAAUAAUAGCAAUAUAAAUGAUAUAAAUUCUUUACUUAAUUAUCCAGAAAAUAUAAAAGAUGAGGUAUCUAUCCUAAUUAAUUAAUAAAGUAGUGCUUAGCAAUCUAAUUUCAAUGGCAGUAAUAGAUUGAUUUCGUAUAAGAAUGAAAAUAAUAUUAAAACUAUUAACACUUCUGGCUUAAAGAGACAGAGCAAUGAACUUAGUGAAUAAAUGUAAAUAGAAAUUGAUAAAAAAUCACAAAAAACAAAACAGCUUGAUUAAUAAAAAAGCAUUUUAACCCCAUCUUUUAAAGGACCUGAAUCUUUGUUUAAUAAUGCAGACAAUUCAAAUAAUCCUACUUUUUCUAAAAUACAAACAAAAGAACUUCCAAGCCCAAUUGACUCUAAAAAAAGUGGUAAAGUACCAUCUAUUGAAGAAUAAUAAUCGCCAGCAGCUUGUAUAAAGUAUACUAACACUCUUCAAAAUAAUUAGCUUAAUUCUUCACUUCCUAGUCCUUAAAAGAGUAACGUAAUAGUUAACAGCAAUUUAAUUUACAGUAAUAUUCCAAAUUCUUAUCAGUGCAUAAAUGAAAAUCAAAACAAUUUUUAAGAACCCUUGUAAUCUCCUACUCAACAACAUCAGUAAGGCUUUUAAUUUGAUUAAAAAGGAAUUAAUUCUAAUAACUAUAUGGAAGUGUGCAAAUCAGUAAGAGGUUUUGACUCCAAUAGCAAUAAUGAGUAAAUGUUUUAUGAAGCGUCCGUGGUAUCUAAUAAUUAAUUAAUAAAUCAAAGUAUCUAGCAAUAAUAAUAAUAAUAAUAAUUUUCACCCAGAAAAUAGCUAUCUUUAAAUAAGAAACCCACUCAUGCUAUAAUUAAUGCUUCUUCUAAUAGAAACGACGACGAAGAAGAAAGUGAUAUUGACAUAUUUAAUAACUACAUUUACCAGUAAGAAGGGUAAAAGAUAUUUAAAAAAAAACUUUUUAACUAAAAGAAAAGUAAUGAUAUCAUCUAAAGAGAAACUAAAGUAGGUGAUAUUCUUUCAGACUUGUUUAAUGAAGUGGUUGGUGGGAGAAAUAAUUCACAAAAUUUGAACACAGGAAAUAAUAAUUAAAAUAACACAAAUAAUCUUGAUCCUUAAAUUCAAUCUCAGAAUAACUAAAACGUCAUUUCUUUUAUAAACCAAAAUGGUAACAAUUCUAACAACAAAGAUAUCCCUCUGACUCCAUCAUCUAUUAAAAAACCAGAAUAUGGAAAAUCGAAGACUUUCUUUUCAUAAAUGAACAAAAACACUAACUUGGGGUACAUGCAAUUUUAGGAAGAUAUGAUUAAAGCUUAAGUAAAGUGGAAAGAUCAAAUUUUUGUACUUAAAUUUUUGCUCUUGGAAUUAGAGACUUCUGAAAAUAAUUCAGAAAUUUUCAUUCUUGUUUUAGUGGACCCACUUUGGCAAGAAUAUUAUAAUAAGAGAAUGGAAGAAGUUUAAAAAUAUAAGAUGAAGAUGUUUGCUUCUCUCUCUCAUGAGCUCAGAACUCCUCUAAAUUGCACUAUAUCCAUGUUAGAGGGACUUGAGUAAUUUAUUACAGAUCCUUAGCUUAUUGAUGAUUAUCUUUAUCCAGCUCUUCAUUCUCAGAAGCUUUUACUCAAUUAAAUUAAUGAUAUUUUAGAUUUUGCUUAGAUUGAUAGUGGAAAAUUUAAAUACACAUUUGUUGAUUUUAACUUAGAAAAAUUACUUCAAGAUUGUUAAACUUUGAUUUAAAUGCAAGCAACCGUUAAGUCUAUAGAUCUUCAGCUCAUAUAUGAUGCGAGAUUAAAUUUAUAAGUCAAGUCAGACUAAAACAGAAUAAGAUAAAUUUUGUUAAAUUUUUUGAGUAAUUCUCUCAAAUUUACUCCAGAAAACGGUACAAUAAAAAUAAUAGCAGAGCCCAUGUUUAUUAACGAGACUAAUAGAGUACAGAAAUAUAUUAGACUCGUUGUUUAAGAUACAGGUAUAGGAAUGAAGCCUGAAACUGUAUAAAAUAUAUUUAAUGCCUUUAACAAAACCGAAUAUGAGUCAGAAGGAAUGAAUAGUCAGGGAUGUGGUCUUGGAUUGGCUAUCAGCUAAAGUAUUUCGAAAGGUCUUUGCACCACUUAAAAUUAAAACAGUACCUAAUUCAAUAUUUUAUCUGAAUAUCAAAUACCUUAGAAUUGGAUUGGAAUAUAAGUAGAAAGUUAAUAUGGUUAAGGAAGUUCAUUUUCAUUUAUUAUUUAAGAUAUGAAUCCAAAGCCUCUAUAAAAUCCUUAAUAUACUCAUAAUAAUUCUUAUACUCACUCAGUUUUACCUCUAGAUAUGAUUAAUGAAGAAGAAUUAGCCAAUUCUUAUAUUUCAGUAAAAAAUGAAAACCCAGAAAAUAUUACAUAAAAUACUUAGCAGUAAGUUGUUGUUAUCGGUUAGAAUGAAAUUGUGUCAAAGAAUCCAAAGGAAGAUAAAGAUCAUUCCCUGAUGGCAGAUUCUGCUUGUAUAAACGAUGGAAGUACAUAUCAAAAUAAGGUUCCUUAGUAUAUGGAGUUUGGACAGAUAAUUGACAUCCAUUACAGAAUCAGUGAUGUUGCUUCUAGUAAUAACGGAUCUCCGUUGCAUAAGCCAUAUAUUUAAUAAACAGCUACCUAGCACAACAAUUUGACUAAUACUUAAAUAAACUCACCAUAAAAUAUCACUAAAAUUGGUGAAAAUUAACAAUAUAUUCAUUCAAUGUAAAGUACUAGUACUUCAACAUAACAAUCUCUUAAUAAACUGAAUUAAAAUACUUAAUUCUCAAACAAUAUAAACAGCUUAAAUUCUAUCAUCAAUAAUAACCAAAACUAAAAAAUAAUUAACAGCAAUCAGAUAAUGGUUACAAUAGAUCCAGAUGAAUAAAUUAAAAACAAUAUAUCUUCUUAGAUUGAAAAUUAAAAGAAUUCUUCUUCUACACCCACAAGCUAGCUCAGAAUGAAUUUCUUAAAUGAUACUUCCUAAAUGAAAUACUCUUCUUCUAAUUCUAUAUCAAACAAUCACUCUAACUCUUCAUUACCCUCAAAAAUUAUUCCUAGUAGUUCAAGGCUUACUUCAAAUCUAUCACGCACUUUAACUAAUAAAUCUCUAUCUAAAAUGAAUUCCACUGCAGCCUAAGGUUUUAAUGGAUAUCACUCUAAAAGUAAUCUAAAUGAAGUAGAAGGAGCAAAACUUAUGUUACAUCUUUAGUAGUACAUAGAAAAUUCCGUUUGUGAGAAUAAAUGUGCUUCUAUCUUAAUUGUUGAUGAUAAUCAAUUUAAUAUACUAGCUCUUAGUAGAAUGCUAUAACAAUUUUUCAAUGCACCAAUUGAUAAAGCAUUUGAUGGAAAGCAAGCCUUUGAAAAGAUUUGCUAUAGGUAUUAAUAAAAUAAGCCAAUAUAAAGUUGCCCUAAAUGCCUGAGAUAUGAAAUAGUUUUUAUGGAUAUCGAAAUGCCAAUAUUAAAUGGAUAUGAAGUUAUGAAAGAAUUAACAGACUUUUUUCAUGAACAUAAAAUACAUAAGGAGGAUUUUCCUUACAUCAUAGCUUGUACAGCUCAUGGAGGUGACUAAGAGCAAGUGAGAGCUAAAAAUUCUGGAUUUGAUGAUUAUAUUUCCAAACCAAUCAUGAGGAACGAUAUAUAAAAACUACUUUGCGAUUGGUACUAUCAAACUCAUAGCCAGAAUUUUACUUAAAAGGGAAUAAACUAGCAAGGAAGUUUAAUAGGAAUGAAUACUAUGAAUGAUUUAAAUGAAAUUAAUUAAAAGUUAAUUUGA